AGGGGCAGGGUCUCUCACAUAUUUUUCUACAAAGACCUUGUCUGAAGUUCGCUGAGACAUUUUCUUUUUAUCUUCUUCACAGGAAAAAUAGGAUGCACUUUUACCACAGAAUAACUUUGGCACUGGCGAUAAUAUGCCUGUUUGGGCACAGUGGAUUCGGAGCCCCAACCAAAGGCAGAUAUACAUGGGUGAAGUGCAAACCUGAAGACCAGAAUGCUAACUGCGUCACACAGAUGGGCCCCCUGGUGCCACUUGAAGGGAAAAGUCCACGACUUCCACAUUCUGCUGUGAAAGACAUAUUCCCAGUUACCAAAGAGGAAACCACUCCUGAGAUGGAGGAACUAUCAGGAGAGGGUUCAGGUAACCCAGAUGGUCCAAAGGUAACUUGGACGGAGGCCAGUGGAGACAUUGAUUAUCCCAGCUUUGUCCACCCUAAAAAAAAAGAUGAGCUCUCUGAAGGAGAUUUGAAAGAUGAAAAUAUGAUUCCUUGAAGAGAUUAAUCCACCCGAUAUUUCUCUUUCAUCUUUACAAUGUGAAAUAUGCGGAAUAUUCCUUAUAAUAUAAAAUUAAAUGUGGUAUUAUCUGCAAGAUCUAUUUAUAUUGAUAAAGAUUUUCUAUUAAAAAAGUAUUAUUUUAUGUCUACAGUGUAAUCCCUUAUAACAUUUGACAUAACUAUCAAAACAAUCAUUUCAGUUUUGGGAAAUAGAAUGUUGUUUUGUAAAGGCCAAGUGAAGAAAAUGUUGGUAAUUUUGUAAUCUUUUUUUGCCAGUUUUGUAUGUUUUAAAGUGUUGAUCAUUAAACAAAAACACAUUUUUAAACUGUA